CACGUAUGUAGCAAGGUUUCUUCUACGUUUUCAUGCUUGUGGAAAUUGUGAGUGUGUGUGUCGAGGAGUCCGGAUGUGAGAGUCGGGCGCAGUUGCGCAUGCUCAUGCAUGCGAGUGUGUACAGAUACACCUAAAUUUACAGGUUUCGAUGUGUGGGCAAGAAAGUUUUGACAAGACACUCUUCUCGUUCUUUCCGCCCAACUAAGCAGCUCUUUCAAGAAGAGCAUGCAGAAAGUCCCUUCUCUCAACAAGAAUCCCGGAAAACAGAAAAUCAAAAGACAAGAAGAGAGCGUAGAGACAAAAGUGAGAGCAGGAGAGAGAUGAGAGAAGAAAAGCAAGAAGUGGUGGAAAACAGAGAACCCAGGAAGACGCGUUGACAUCGACUCUCGAGCGUCGGCAGGAAAGGGGAGAAAAAUCAAGAGUGAAGAAUAGAGAAACUUCUCUUUUCAGGCCUCCUCUCUGUGAUCGUCUGUGGGGAAGCGAAAAGAGGAAAAAUGAAUCAAGCGACGAUAUGCAGACAACGCGUUCCUUUUGGUAUCGUGUUGCCCCGCAAGAAAUCCCUUCUGCGAGGGAGAUAGCGAAAACCUGUGUUUUGCGACAAAGGAGAGAACAAACACGAGAGAACAAAAGAAAAGGAGGCAGGGCGUUCACGCCGAGAAAAAGAGCGAGCUCUUUUUUUCCCUCUUCCUUUCUCGCGCGUUUCCUUUGCUCCAGUUUUCCUUCUGUGCCCACUGUGCUGUCUCUCCUCUGUUGUCUCUGUUCACUCCCCUUCGUUGCUUGUUCUCUUUUCUUCUCUGUCUGUCUGGAAGGCCCUGCGGCUGCGCAGUGCAGGCAGGAAAGAGAGAGCGAGGAAAGGAAGAACAACAUGCCUGUCCUCAACUGUCCUUUUCUGCCAAUUUUUAGACACAAAGACACACCGCAUCUGCUCCUCAGCGCAGUGGUCCACUCGUCAAGUCACGAACUCGUUUAG